CUUGAACAGAUGCACGCGUUAUCAGAGCCCACUUAUUGUAGAUUAAAGCACAACAAGAAUCCUGCAUUACUUUCAAAGUUGAAUGACCUGGAGAAUGUUUUGGCUGUCCUCAAAAGCUGCCAAAAACAGCAGGACAAGAUCAUGUCUGAAGCCAAGUUGCUACAAAUUAUGAUUUACAAAAGGAGACGGCAGCUAAGAAGUGAAAAAUCCCUUCAACUUGUGAGAAGGGUUCAAGCUUGCCUGAAGAGAGCUAGCACAUUUGGGAGACUGUUUACCCUGAUUGAUGACAUUCAUAAAGAUCUGCUGAGUGCUGUGGCUGAGAUGAAGAAAAAUGAUGUAGUCUACUUACCAGCUCAGCAGACAUGGUCAUACUUGCUGUACCUACAGCUGCAGUAUCUGAAACUACUUGACAUUAACCGCUCAUACUGCAUUGCAGCAUUCAAUCAUCUGAGCUGCCAGUUUGCCACAGGAAUGCUGAUACCACAGAUGGUCAUUUUCAUGGGAAUUAUGGCAAGAAUCUGGUUGCUGUCUGGAAGUAUUGCAGAAAAAAUCCAGAGCUGUUAUGGUCUUGUAUAUGUAUCGCGAGAACAUUUCAGUCGCACAAAUUCAGCAUGG